GGCGGAGGGCGGCGGGCGACGCGGGGCCGCGGGCGGGGGUCCGGGACGCCGAGACGAUGGUGCUGCUCACGAUGAUCGCCCGCGUGGCGGACGGGCUCCCGCUCGCCGCCUCCAUGCAGGAGGACGAACAGUCCGGCCGGGACCUUCAACAAUACCAGAGUCAGGCUAAGCAACUUUUCCGAAAGUUAAAUGAACAGUCUCCUAACAGAUGUACCUUGGAAGCUGGCGCCAUGACUUUUCACUACAUUAUUGAGCAGGGGGUGUGUUACUUGGUUUUGUGUGAAGCUGCCUUCCCUAAAAAGCUGGCUUUCGCCUACCUAGAAGAUUUGCACUCAGAGUUUGACGAGCAGCAUGGGAAGAAGGUGCCCACCGUCUCCAGGCCGUAUUCCUUCAUUGAGUUUGAUACCUACAUUCAGAAAACCAAGAAGCUCUACAUUGAUAGUCGUGCUCGAAGAAACCUAGGCUCCAUCAACACUGAAUUACAAGAUGUUCAGAGGAUCAUGGUGGCCAACAUUGAGGAGGUCUUGCAGCGUGGAGAAGCUCUCUCAGCAUUGGAUUCAAAGGCUAACAAUCUGUCUAGUCUGUCCAAGAAAUACCGCCAGGAUGCGAAGUACUUGAACAUGCGUUCCACUUACGCCAAACUUGCAGCCGUCGCUGUGUUUUUCAUCAUGCUAAUAGUGUAUGUGCGAUUCUGGUGGCUGUGAAGUCGUGAGUCCAAUCACUGGCAAGGGAGAACCUAGAGUCCGGCAGGUGUAUGUUUUCAGGAAGCUGAGCUCACAGAGAUGUGUAUUAGAAUCCAAGCGGAACUUCUGCCUCUUAACGACCUUCCAAGAAAAGAUGUCCUGAAAAUGAAGAGCUACACACCUCAUUUUACAAAGCUUAACCCUGCGUAGAAAGUUUCCUUGGGGGCAGAGGCUUUCUCUGGGUGCUAAGCCAUAUAUUUUGGGGAACAGUAGAGUGUUUCCAUUUUGUUUCUUUUCCUCCCAGUUUUUACAUUUUCCUACAGCACCGGUUGGGGUAUCCUUGUUCUCUGAUGGAGCCAUCAGUGAGAUUUGGUCUGAAUGAUCUGUGCUAGCAACAGUCUGAAAUUUCUGUGGAGAAGAAAAGGUUUCGAACUCUUGAAUCAACAUUCCUUUCGUUGGCAACAUGAUUUCAGUUACCUGAGAGGUUGAUGGCCCUUUCAAGAAGACUCCAGUGUGUGAAGGUUGAUCGCUGUGCUGCCAUAGUCUUGUCUGGUGGCCCCUGUAAAAAGUUCUCCUUUCAUUGUUUUUCGUUUUAGAAGAUUUUGCUUAUUGCACAAUUGCUUUAGGGUUAAAUGAAUUCUAUUCAGAUGCCUUGAAAUUAUAGCUCUCCUUGAUUAAGAAAUGUUUCCUGUCAUUUACUCCCUUAAGGAUUUAAGUUAGUCUGAGUUAUUCUUAAGCACUUGGAUUAUAAAUAUGAGUGAUAGCAAACCGAGUCCCAGAAGCCCCUGAAUGAAUAAGAAAAAAACCCAGCUCAUGGUGACAGCUUUGUCAUGUCCCUUCCCUUUGUCCAUUCUCUUUUCUCCUGCUAACAAUUUAGUAACAUUUAAAAAAAAAAUCCUUUUGCAGUAGUUUCAUAUCUCAUAAGCAUCUUUGUAGUGUUAUUAUCAAAUUUCAAGAUGAAAGAUGUUUUAGUGUAUAAUCAAACAUUUUUUGCAAAGCAACUCCUUAAAUUUUAACAUACAUUUAUCCAGGAAAGCCUCUGAGAGCAGCUCAUAACCCACUUCAGUUUACAUACAGUCUGUAAAAAUGUUCUAGAGGUAGAUAUAUCAUAGACAGUAGCUUCUAUUAACAAAAAUACCUAUGGUUUUUUUUUUUUUCCUUCUUUGCUCAGGGAUGAUGGGCAUUUCCUCUUUUGAGGUAGAAUUUUUUUUUUUAAAGCGGAGAACAGGCCUUUUGAAUAUUGUCAGAAGGGUCUAAAUUAUAAUCUGUAGCACCUGUACAAACUGCAGACACGUUCUUUAAGUAGUAUAGGACAGUGAGCCAACCUCUCACUUGAGUCUUUGAUGAGAACUUUAACCAGUCAGCAGUUUUAUAACUCUGAGGGAUCAGUUAAGCUUCUGUCUUGAUUCCUGAUUGGGGUUGGGGGCAGGUAAAUCAGGGUUCCUUAUUAAUAGGCCAAGGAGAAAUGCUUAUUUUAUUCUCAGUAAUUCACACAACUAAGGUUUAAAGUUUUUUCUUUCCAUUUUGGAUGGAUUUGCCAAUUGGAGUUUUGCACAUGAAAUAUAAAGUUACUACUUUUUGGGCCACCCUGGGCAGUGCUCAGGGGUUACUCCUGGUUCUACAUUCAGGAAUUCCUUCCGGAUAGAGUUGAGGGGUGAUGGAUGGUGGCUUGGGAACCAAGUGGUAUGCUGGGGAUCCAACUCUGGUCAGCAGCCUGUGAGGCAAAUGCCCUACCUGCCAGACUAUGGCUCAAGCCCCUAAAAUUACUUUUGAGGGAUAGGUAAUGAUUAAGAUUCUGUAAGGCGUUUUCCUAAGUAAUGAUGUUGAUUAAAGCCUUUGAAUGCCCAAGUAUCGUAGCGUUCAGAGCUGGUCAGGACGGAGGGUAGCAGCUCAUUGUCGAGAGCCGCAUGCUGCAGCCAAAUAUUCAGCAAGGAAAAAAAUACUUGUAGGAUGUUCCAUUCGGUGUGAUAUUUUGACACCUACUUAAUUCAUGAACGUAGCCUUUCUAGGCACAUUUCUACCUGAACUUAGCGGCUUGACUGAUAAACAAGCAUGGGGGAUGAGGAAUAAAGGAAUCGAAAGUGAUUUUAAGGUAUUGGUGAAAAAUGGUAGAACAAGGCGCACAGAACAUGGCUCCCGCUUCUGUUCUUUAUUGGAGGUAGAAGGCAGAUCUGAUUGCUCUCUUGUGGGGAGAAGAAGUGUAUCGGCAACCAGAUAUCCGAGAUAGAACAUGAUAAAUAUCAGAGUUUCUGGGGACACACGAAAAAUGGGCACCUGACUUCCUUGGCAAGAGCGAUGAGAGGAGAAAAGGGGAUUCUAGACAGAAUAAUGGCACGUGUGAAGUCACGUGUGGAAAGAGGGAAGCACAUUUGGAGGGUUUUAAUUAACUUGAUCUGACCCGACCCACACUGGAGGAUGAAGUAGACUAUUUUAAAGGGACUUGUCUACGAUAGUAAGGAAUUCUCCACACUGAUGUCUGUGGCAGAAGAUGCCAGCAGCUACAUAGUCUCAGAUGCUGUUUUGACCUCAGUGUAGAUUGUAGAGGACGAAGCCUGGAAGUAAGGACAUGAGUCUAAGGGGCUGUUCGAGUUAGAAUGAGAUGUAGGAGACAGAUGAUUUUCAAGACAAGAAUUACCAGGACCUGGAGGAAAAGCUUGCUGGUUUAGAAUACCUGCCUUGCAAGCAUAAGGUCACAAGUUCAGACCCGGAUGCCUCCACAUGCACUGAAAACAAUCCUGGUGGCACUGCUGUUAGAGCCGGGUAACUGUUGUCUGUGAUCCCCAGGGAUACCAAGCGAUUCCUUGAGUGUGAGCACGACAACAAACGGGUGUGACCCCACCCCCCAUCCCAUCCUAGGCACUAACUGAAAGGAGAUUUGAGUGACAGGGCCAGUUGGUACAAGCUUGGGUGAGCCUGUGUGGAAUCUGCAGUGACCGCCGGCAAGCGCCACAAUCAGCGUGUGUGAGACCACAGUGAGAGUCACCUCUGGGGAGCACAUGUGUAGGCAGCACUGCUGACGGACUGCAGACUUCGAGCACUGUGACCUGGUGUGAGGCCACCAGCAAGCACCACAGUGUGGCUGAUACACGGCCCCCUGCUCAU